UAGGCAAGAAAAAGGUUGUAAGUAUAGUAACAUUUUGUUAGCAAGAGGUGAGAAGUAAAGUGUGAUUAAUGUGGUUGGUGACUGGUGGUGACAAGAUUUAUAAUCUUAACCGGUGGAGGCGUUGAGUUAGUGGGGUCGCAAUGGGGAGAGAGAGAGAGAGAGAGAUACUGCGAAAGGAUAAGAAGCAUUACAAAACAAUUUUGGUGUCUAAGUAUUUAUUUAGCAAUUGACUUCUCUUUCGUCUCGUGCUUCAACUCAGAUUCAAUUCAAUGGCUGAAUUCGGAGAAAUCGACGGUAACGUCCUCGUGGCAAAAUCACUAGCUCAAUUCGGAGUUCAACAUAUGUUCGGUGUCGUUGGAAUCCCCGUUACUUCACUCGCCACACGCGCCGUCUCUCUUGGUAUCCGUUUCAUAGCUUUCCACAACGAACAAUCCGCCGGUUAUGCCGCCUCCGCUUACGGCUACCUAACCUCCCGUCCCGGCGUCUUCCUCACCGUAUCUGGUCCCGGAUGCGUCCACGGUCUCGCCGGUCUCUCCAACGCCGCCGCUAACACUUGGCCUACCGUCAUGAUCUCCGGCUCUUGUAAUCAAAGCGAUUCCGGCCGCGGCGACUUCCAAGAACUUGAUCAGAUCGAAGCCGUUAAGCCUUUCACCAAAUUCUCAAUCAAAGCCACUCACAUCUCUCAAAUCCCUAAUUGCGUCGCACAAGUUCUCCAUCACGCCGUUUCCGGUCGUCCCGGUGGUUGCUACUUGGAUCUUCCCUCCGACGUUUUGCAUCAAAAUGUUUCACAAUCCGAAGCUGAAUCUCUCUUGAUCGAAGCAGAGAAGAAUCGCACGAAAAUUCACACUGAGAAUGUCACUGUUGAAGCUUCGAAGAUCGAAGAAGCUGUUUCACUUCUUCGACGCGCCGAUAGGCCAUUGAUUGUGUUUGGAAAAGGUGCGGCUUAUGCAAGAGCAGAAGAUCAAUUGAAAAAACUUGUUGAAACAACCGGAAUUCCGUUUCUUCCAACUCCGAUGGCGAAAGGUUUGUUGCCGGAUACUCACCGGCUCGCCGCCUCCGCCGCCAGGUCUCUUGCUAUCGGAAAAUGUGACGUCGCGGUUGUAAUUGGGGCGAGGUUGAAUUGGCUUCUUCAUUUUGGAGAACCACCAAAGUGGUCGAAGGAUGUGAAGUUUGUAUUGGUGGAUGUGAGUGAAGAAGAAAUUGAGCUAAGAAAGCCGUUUUUGGGUUUAGUUGGAGAUGCUAAACGAGUUUUGGAGAUUCUAAAUAAAGAGAUUAAGGACGAUCCUUUUUGUUUGGGGAGCAAUCAUCCAUGGGUGGAAGCUAUUUGUAAUAAAGCAAAGGAGAAUACUUUGAAAAUGGAGGGUCAGUUAGGUAAGGACGUUGUGCCGUUUAAUUUUAUGACGCCGAUGAGGAUUAUAAGAGAUGCUAUUCUGGAAUUGGGUGGAAGUCCUGCUCCUGUGGUUGUUUCAGAAGGUGCUAAUACCAUGGAUGUCGGUCGUGCUGUGUUGGUUCAGAAGGAGCCGAGGACUAGGUUGGAUGCUGGCACUUGGGGGACCAUGGGAGUUGGUCUAGGUUAUUGCAUUGCUGCUUCUGUCGCUUAUCCUGAUCGCCUUGUCGUGGCUGUUGAAGGGGAUUCUGGAUUCGGAUUUAGUGCCAUGGAAGUUGAGACAUUGGUUCGGUACCAACUACCUGUGGUGGUGAUUGUUUUCAACAAUGGUGGUGUUUACGGUGGUGACCGCAGAAGACCAGAAGAGAUAAAUGGGCCUCACAAAGAGGAUCCUGCCCCAACAUCCUUUGUCCCAAAUGCAGGGUACCACACUAUGAUGGAAGCUUUUGGUGGAAAGGGUUAUCUUGUUGGGACACCUGAUGAACUCAAGUCAGCUCUCUCAGAAUCUUUCUCUGCUAGGAAACCAGCCGUCAUAAAUGUUGUCAUUGAUCCCUAUGCCGGUGCUGAGAGUGGGAGGUUGCAACACAAGAAUUGAUUUCCCUUUCUCUUGCCACAUGUAUUUUCUGGAAACUGUAGCAUCCUUUCACUUUCCCUUCCAUUUCAUUUACUGUGGUUCAGAAAAUACAUGUGGCAAGAGAAAGGGAAAAUGAAAGGAUGCUACACUCUUUUAAUUAUUAAAUAAAAAAGUACUAGAUUAUAGCCUGCGCACUGCGCGUAUAUUAAUUAAUUAAUUUUAUAAGUUUUAUAAGUAA